CGUCCACACGUCCACCAUUCUAGCCGCUGGCAUUGUAUUUUGUUUCCACCACGUACUAGCACAGUUCCCGCGGAAAGCUUUUCAGGACAUGGGAUCUAUGUCGACCAUCCGAAACACCCCUGGGUUCUGGGUGUGGAAUGGUCUCCUCUAUUUAUAAUUCCGAAGCCCCUUUGCACACAUAAGGUCGUGCUUGUAGGGUUUUAGCACGCCGAUAUAACUGCUCGCCCCACGUCUCAUGCGGCUCUCCUUCCUGCAGCGCCAAGGAGCGCUGCCCACAAUGUGAAGGCAAACCUCACCACCACCAUGCUGUACACGACACCGACAGUGCCGCCCGGCAUGCACAUCGCCCUGCCCUCCUACACCUCGACAUAUAACCCUCCACCGACCCCGACUUACACUGGAACAGGAAGUGGUGGGGAUGAUGACGACAAUAGCGGAAGUGGUGGCAGCGUCUUCUCCAUGAACGGUUCUCCACCCCUCAUAGUUGCGUUUCUCGCAAUUGGGCUCUUCACUGUCUCGAUGUCGGCUAUAUUCGCUUGGCGUCGCAUGCGUCAAGGUCGAUCUCGGGCCGCGAACGGCGCCAUGACAACAGCGCCUCGACCUCCGAAGAAACAAGUGAACCUCGCGGACAAGCCGGUUCUAAGAGAAGUGUAUACGACGACGGUGGAGGGAUCGCUGCUGGGGGACCUGCAAUGGGACCAUUUGAUGCCGUUUGCGGCUUCACUAUAUUACUCCGUUCCUCCGCCAUUACCGCCAGCUUCCGGAAACGAUCCCGCCGUCUCGCAAGAGACACCCUUUUGGAGUCGGCUUGCUCGCUUCAUCAAGGGCUACGUUGGACUUUCUCGGCCCCCUCCACCAGAGACUCUAGCCGAUUCAGAUUCCUCAGAUGAGAAGGAGAAACCCUCGAUAGAAGCCCUCUAUGAAGUGGCCGAGGGCACUCGGGUGGACAUUGCUGUAACGAUCGCCAUGCCUUCCCCUUAUACACGGCACAGAAAAGACCCACAUGCACGGACACCUUAUCGCAGUAGUGCAGCAGAUGGCGAGGAUGAGACCAUACCUGAUUUUUGCAUAGGGACUUUAGGCGUUCCGUUGUACGAAGGUAGUUAGAUGCAUUCUGCAUAGUGUUAGUUGACGCUGCCAUUUUUGUAGACUGUAUUCAUCGC